AUGGGCAAGGUAAAAAUCCCUAUAAAAAGAAUAGAGAACCCAAAUGCCAGGCAGGUGUGCUUUUCCAAAAGGAGGAUGGGUGUCUUUAAAAAGGCAAGUGAGCUCUCCAUAAUGUGUGGAGCAGAGAUUGCAAUCAUAGUCUAUUCUCCAGCAGGGAAGGCCUUCACAUUUGGAAGUCCUGAUUUUGAUUUUGUGAUUGACAAGUAUCAAAACAUUCCCGUUUUUGUAAAUGAUAAGAAAGUUCAGAAAUCCUGGAGAGCAGAACAACAAUACAGCUCCUUACUGAGGGAGCUAGAUGUAGAGAAGAAACGCAAAGAGAAGCUGAAAAGACAAGAAAGAAAUGCACAAGUGGAUUCAUGGUGUAGAAGAGAUAUUGAAAAUUUAGAACUGCACCAACUGAGAGAGUUUGGUGAUUCACUGAAAGAAUUCAAGGAAAGAAUCAUUCAGGUUGUUCAAGAGAAAGAACAAAUGAAAUUUAGUAAGAAGGCCCUAGAUGAAAUAGAGGCUGAACUGAUGUCUGAAGAACAACCUUAUCAACCAGCUAUGUGGGGUGAGCAAGUACCUUUUAAUGCUCAGUCUGUAAUGGGUUCUUCUUCGAAUAAUGCAUCUGUGCAAGAUGGCAAGGAUUGGCCUUUCUUGAUGUAUGAAAAUACAUAUUUGCCUAAUGAAGGCAUUCCAUCCCAUUUGCUUAUACCACAUGAGAGCUGUCUUCCAUUGUCUCUUGAGAUGUCUGAGUUGCAAAGGGUGGUCAUGCCUGCAGACAACCGACACUUACUGUCUGAUGACUGA